AUGUCGUUUAAUAGCACGCAAACUUGGGACCCCAUUCCUGCCUUUAACCAUCCAGAGCACUUUAGCCGAUUCCCGGCCGCUAUCGCCCACAAUGCAGCAGAUGUUGUUAAUGCGCUCCGUAAAAUUAUUGAUGCAUGCUGCGCCCCGGAUUCAAAAGAAGGCAUGAAGGCAAAAACCCGACAUCUACGCGCAGAGAAUGAACCUUUUGCUAUCUGUCAUUGUACUGCUGAUCCUGAGCGGCUGGUUGUUCUUUCAUCGAUCAUAGAGUUGGCAUGGAUCAACGACGCAGAUGUCACAGAGGAGCUGGACCAUAAGACUGCUUGUGUUAAACACGGCACGCUGAUGGAUGCUAUGAACCUUGAAACCCUUAUAAACGCACAGAUUGGCCAGUUUAAUUCCCAAGAGACAUUGUUUGGCUUGCUUGUACAAAAGGCAGCCGCGAUGGAUCCACGAUCUGCUACGAAACUAGUAGACGUUCUCACUAACUAUCUUCGGACUUUUGAUAGCAGCGAUGAAGACUUCAGUUCUAUGAACACAUACAUCCCAUAUAGAGUGGGAAACUGUGGAUACUGGAUCUCUUCAUAUUUUAUCCGUUGGGGAAUGGGCAUGAUCCUCAGUGAUGCAGAAUAUGAAUCAAUCCAGGAGUUUGACUUCAGCAUGGGGGUUAUUUUGGGGCUCACGAACGACUAUUUUAGUUGGGAUGUGGAAAAGGACCAGGAAACUGACCGUGUGCGAAACGCUGUCCGCGUCUUGAUGAAGGAACACGGCAUUUCAGAGACUGUUGCAAAAAUACUACUUAAAGGCAUCAUUGUCGAUGAAGAGGAAAAGGCCUGUCGAUUGAAGCACCAGGCAUUGAGCUCCUUGCGUUCCCCUUCCCCAACGUUGUUGCAGUACAUUGCAGCCAUUGAGUUGUAUGUAGGCGGAAGCUGCUACUGGCAUGCAACUGCGCCGAGAUACAAGAGGCAGUGA